AUGUGCCGGCCGGACCCCUUCCUCUCCGGCCCCAUCCUCGCCGCCGUGCAGGCCGCCAGCAUCUUUCCCGACUGCAAGACCUUUGUCGACCUCUCUCUGCUGGUGCCGCCUGCCGAGUGCUGGCGCCGCUGGGAGGAGCUAUCGCAGCCGCCGUCGGAGGAGCAGCUGCGACGCUUCGUGGCCUCCGUCUUCUCGGCGGAGCCGGGCGAGGGCCAGCUCGAGCCGUGGUGGCCAGAGGACCACCAGCCUGCGCCGGCGCUCCUCUCGAGGCUGCCGGCCGGCGCCGUGCGCGAGUGGGCGUCGGCGGUCAACGGGCUGUGGCCGCUGCUCGGCCGACGGCUCUCCGCAGAGGCGGCGCGCCGGCCGGACAGGCACACGCUGCUCGAGCUGUCGCACGGCGUCAUCGUCCCCGGCGGCCGCUUCCGAGAGGCGUACUACUGGGACUCGUACUGGGUGGUGCUCGGACUGCUCGCUGUGGACAUGGACGCGACGGCGCGCGGCCUGGUCAGCAACCUGCUUGAGUGCGUGGCGAGGCACGGCUUCGUCCCAAACGGGCUGCGCAAGUACUACCUCAACCGCUCCCAGCCUCCCCUCCUCACCCAGAUGGCGCUGCCGGCGCUCGACGCGGAGUACGGGUGGUGGAUGCGCACCGGCGACGGCCGCAGCGCGGUCCGGCUCGAGGCGGACGGCGCGCUGCUCAACCGCUACGUUGUCGCCGCCUCCGCGCCCCGGCCUGCGGAGCCGCCCGAGUCGUGGCGCGAGGACGAGGCCACCGCGGCGGGCUUGCCUCCGGCGGCACAGGCGCGGGCGUGGUCCGAGCUGGCGGCGUGCGCAGAGUCGGGCUGGGACUUCUCGUCUCGCUUCCUGGGCGGAGAGCUGGGCGGAGAGGGCGGCGGGGAGGGCUGCGGCAAGGCGGAGGAGGAGCCGCUGAGGUCGCUCCGCACCGCUGCGGUGCUGCCCGUCGAGCUGAACGCGAUCCUGCUGCGCAACGAGCUGACGCUGCAGCGGCUGCACGCGAGGCUGGCUCUCCUGCUCGCGAGGCAGGCCGGGGAGGCGAUGGACGAGUGGAUGUGGAGCGGCGAGACGGGGCGGUGGCACGACGUGGAGUGGGAGGGGCGGGGGCAGCUGCAGCAGGUCUCUGCGGCCUCCUUCACUCCGCUGUGGGCCUGCCAGCACUCUGCUGAGCGCGAGGCGGCGGCGGUGCAGUCGCUGCGGCGCAGCGGGCUGGUGCAGGAGGGCGGCGUGGCGACGACGCUCUGGGACUGGCCAAACGCGUGGCCGCCCCUGCAGCAGAUGCUGGUCGAGGGCCUGGCGGGCUGCGAAGCAGACGGCGCAGCGGAGCUCGCCGAGGACCUCGCGCUGCGCUGGCUCCGCUCGAACCACCGCGGCUGGGCGCGCGACGGCGUGAUGCGCGAAAAGUACGACGCGACACGGCCGGGCGAGAGUGGCGGCGGCGGCGAAUACACGCCCCAGGUGGGCUUUGGAUGGACAAACGGCGUGGCACUAUGGCUGCUUGAGAGGUACGGCGACAGUUUUGCGCGAUCCCUCACCGCACCCGCUAGCUCCGAGAAGUGUACCGCGAUCGGUGAUGGUGGGUCGCAGUGA